CAUUCGCACACGCGCCAAAGGAGGAAGCGGGCAUGGCAUGAACAACAGAGAAAUCGUAGGCGGCUUACCUGCAUGUCUCGCAGCAGCAGCAGCAUCACUGGUCCACGCGCGUGUAGACGGCUAUGCAGCUGAGCUGUUGGCUUAAUUUGUGGUGAAAACUGGGCACAUCCCGUCAUUGCUCUUGUGUGAUCUCUACACAAUCGAACACUUUUUCUGCGAGGACGCGAGGGGAUUCACGUUCACACCCAACGGACGUAGGCUGCCAAUAACAUGGCGCUCAUCCCUUCUCAAAUAUUAAGAGUUGCGAUUCUUCUGUCUUAUUUUUCUAUUCUGUGCAACUAUAAAGCCAUUGAGAUACCGGCACACCAAACAUACGGUGGUAGUUGGAAGUUUUUAACCUUCAUAAACCUGGUAAUCCAAGCAGUUUUCUUUGGUGUAUGUGUGCUGACAGACCUAGCCAGCCUCUUGAUGAAGGACGCCUUCUGCCAAGAACAAGAGAGGCAGCGAAAAAAACUCAUUGGUCUGAGGGACUGGCUGAUGGCUGUGCUGGCAUUUCCUGUUGGUGUAUUUGUGGUUGCAUCGUUUUGGACCCUUUACCUGUACGACAGGGAGUUGAUAUAUCCCAGACUUUUGGAUGGAUUUAUUCCACAGUGGCUGAACCAUGGGAUGCAUACAACGGUCCUCCCCUUCAUCAUUAUUGAGAUGCGGACGACGCCACAUAAGUAUCCAGGCCGGCUUUGUGGACUUCUCACAGUCUCCAGCUUCACCCUUGGAUACGUGUUAUGGAUGUGUUGGGUCCAUCAAGUGACUGGAAUAUGGGUUUAUCCGCUGUUGGAGCGUCUUGACACGGUGUCGAAAGUAGUCAUCUUCUCCUGUUUGCCUGUCCUCAUCAGUCUGUUCUACAUCCUUGGAGACAUUCUUAACAGCUAUAUAUGGGACUCGACAUCAAAACAAAAAUCAUCAUAACUUGAUAAGUAUGAUGAAUUUCAAACAUGUUUAAUUAAAAAAUGAUAAAUAAAAAACUUGUGGAAUGGUUCCUUCACAAUAUUCUGUAUAUCAGCAUUUGAAUCAAGAUCAGAUAUACAGACAAUACAUAACUGUGAUAUUAUUUACUCGCAGACCACUUUAUGAUCACCUAGUAUGUA